GAGGGGAAGAGAGACAGAGAGAGAGAGGGAGAGAGAGAGAAAGAGAGAAAGAGAGAGAGAGAGACGUCGAAGGAGAAGCAGAAGCAGCGCACCGGACAUCGGAGGCGAGAAGAGAACGCGAGGAAAAAAUUGGAAUCAAAGUGUCGUCGGCCGAGAAGGGAUGCCUACAAAGGGGGAAAGGGGAAAAGCGACGGACUUCAGCAUCGCGGCCAUCAUGGCGCCCAGGGGUCCGUCCUUCGGGCAUUACCACCUGCAGGGCAUUGGCAACGCCGCCGCUACCGCUAAUACCAGCUUGGAAUGUCCAACUGGCAAAGCAUUCGUCGCCAAUUCUCAUCUCGAUCACCGAACGAGGACGUCACCGGUGAACAUAGUUGCGACCGCGACCGUUGUCACGGACGAGGCGUUGCUCGCCGACGACGAGGUGGACAACUGCGAGGGCGAGAGCGAGGGAACGGAGAAAUCGACUCAGGAGGAGGACGAGGAGGUCGAUGUGGACGUGGAGGAGUGCAGCAGCGUCGACGACGGGCCGGUUCACGGUGUCCCGGACGAUCUGAGCACGACGUCCUCCGCGAGGAAAUGCCAAGACGUUUACAACGAACACGAGCGGAAACACCGGCUGCGAACCAGUUGCAAUUCCGACGAGCUCCGAGACGUCGAGUGUCAUCUCGAGACGAAGGAGCUGUGGGACAAAUUCAACGACCUCGGCACGGAGAUGAUCAUCACGAAAACUGGCAGACGAAUGUUCCCGACGUGUCGCGUCUCGUUCAACGGAUUAAAAUCGGAGGGCAGGUACGCGGUGUUGAUGGACAUCGUUCCAGUGGACAACAAGCGAUACCGGUACGCGUACCACCGGAGCUGUUGGCUGGUCGCGGGGAAAGCGGAUCCACCGGCGCCGGCGCGGCUCUACGUUCACCCGGACUCGCCGUUUACCGGCGAUCAGCUACGAAAGCAGGUGGUCUCGUUCGAAAAGGUCAAGCUGACGAACAACGACAUGGACAAGCACGGCCAGAUCGUUUUGAAUUCGAUGCACAGAUACCAGCCGAGGAUACAUUUGGUACGCUGUCGACAAACGGACGACAACAAUCUUCGUAUAACCGAUCUUCAGAAGGAGGAGCAUAAAACGUUCGUAUUCCCCGAGGCGAUCUUCACCGCGGUGACUGCCUACCAGAAUCAAUUGAUAACCAAGCUGAAAAUCGACAGCAACCCGUUCGCCAAAGGUUUCCGAGACUCGUCGAGGCUGACGGAUUUCGAUCGAGAUCCAAUGGAACUAAUGGAACAACAGCUGGUGAGAUGCGGCGUGGCGCCAGUCAGAUUGUACGAACACCUCGCGAUGUCGUCCCCGGCCGCGGCAGCGGCAGCAGCGGCUGCCGCGGCGGCCGCUGCUGCCCUCGGUGCUCAACAGCAUCAUCCGCAGUCCCAACAGCAGCAACAGCAGCAGCAACAGCAGCAACAGCAACAGCAACAACAGUCCCAACACGAAAGUUCGGCGCACGCGUUGCCACCGUGGAUCGCGCCAUCCACGGCGCUCCUCUAUGGUCAAUCGCAUUCUGGAACGAGAUCAGCCGCUGGUGCAACGUCCCCGUAUCCAACCGCGGCAGCCACCGCGCCUUUUCCUUAUCCUGCGGCUCUGCCAUGGCCCUGGCAACCACCACCUCCCGUCGCCAUGAUCUCGCGAAGAUCUUCGCCUCCCACUGCAACGGCAGCCGCCUCCCUCAGGUACACUCCUUACCCUCCACCAGCGAGCACACCGCCGCCCCUAAGGGCUCGUCCAUCCACCCCCAAUUAGCGAUCCACCUAAUCGGACGCUUGCCCUUAACGCUUGACUGGGUGUCACAGGAACGUGUAACUUUGAGUUUGAUCGAACCAAUUUCGAUUAAUCAGUCUGUAGACCGCGGAUUUUUAUGGGGGUUUUUUUUUUUGUAUAGUUUUGCAAGUACAGUUAAGCCCCGUUUAGAAAAGGGGGUUUGUACUGGAUUCUUGAACACGGUCUCUGACGAGAUUUGUUGUUAAGCGUCGGACGUAUUAAAUGAAAUCACAUGGUUCGAAGAAUAUUUGGUUUGCCUGCUAUGUAUAAAUGUUGUAUAGUGGAUAAUCUGUUUCGGAUGUUUUGUUUAAUUUUUUUGUAUAGAAAUCUGCCGUCUACUAAUCUCUAUCAGAGGGGAAAAAAAGAAUAGAAUACAGUAUGAAAUUAAAUACCUUUUUUAUGUAAUACGAUACAAAUUAGUCAUCUGUGACCCCACGAUAUCGAUUUAAGGAUCAACGAUAUCGACGCGUUUACUCUUUAUACUUGUUCUAUCUGGAUCGUGUCGAAAUGAUUUAGGUAGUGAACGAAAGGUGUGUGGUAGACGCGGUACAGCCAAAGAAGAAAUCCUCGAGCCAAGGUUUUUCGUGUUAAUUGACGGAUAUAUUCGUCGAAGGAACCGCCCCUCCGUUACGAGACCUAACGAUUCGCGUAGACGCGAUUUCAUGGGUGAUCGUAGAGGGAGGAUUUGGUCGAUAUGUACAGAAUACGAGCGUCACGAAGUUCGGUUUUUCUCCGACCAAGGUGAGGAGGCACUCCGAAAUCGUUGAAGCUUCGUCCAGUGUGUUAUUUAAGUACGCGAAUAUGGUGAAGCGGUAAAGAACGAGCGGUAAAAGUUGGAUCGGUGUAUUAAAAAGAGUAUUAUUUACAGCAGAAUUAGGGAUAACAAAUCAUUUUCUGUUACUUUCAUUUGAAAAACUCACUUAGGAAGGGUGUGACUUUAUCUUACAAAUGAAGAAAUCGGACAAGUCAUUUAAGCAAAUAAUCAUUUUUAGUUGACUCGAGUUAAUUCGUUUAAAUGACAAAUAAUUUCAGCAAAAGGUGAAUCUCGCACCGACAGAAUCAGGUUUGAGUAAUUAUUUAAUUGUUUACGGUAACAAAUGUAAAAUACGAAACGAAA